AAUAUUGUAUUUUUUUUUCUCUAUAUAUAGGACAUGAAGUUAGUUUCUACAUUCAUCUCAUGACUUAACAUUACUCAACACUUAAUUAUCUAAAAGAAAACACAAGUCCAUGGAGAAGAUUUUUUCAUUCUCAGCACAGGCCAACAAGAUGGGUGAUACUAAUACAACCAUAUUAAGUUGCGUGUUUUUUUGCAUAGUAAUCAUAUUUCAUGAAUUUUAUUCUUCUAUUUCUUCGUUUUUUCGAACCAUUAUUUCCCUUUUCAAUACUCCAUAUAAUAAGAAGCAUGAUAAUGCUGAAACUUCAUCAAAGGCGAAUGUGAUCAAUAGUGAGACCAAGGAUGUUGAGUUAGUAUUCGACACAUUAAUAAAUUUUUGCAACGAAAAUGGGGAUAAGAAUAUUGAUGAGGUAGAGUUGGUUGAGGUUUUCGAUUCAUUUGAAAAAACAGAGCCUACUUUGGAGGAAGUUAAAGAAGCAUUUGAUGUGUUUGACGAAAAUGGAGAUGGCUACAUUGAUGCAAAUGAAUUAAAGAAAGUCAUUUCCAAGAUGGGGUUCUUGGAUUUAUCGGUGUUCGAUUGCCAGAGGAUGAUUGCGCCAUUUGAUGAAAACAGAGAUGGAAAAAUUGAUUUUGGUGAAUUUGUCAAGCUCAUCGAGCAUAUCUUUCAAUAACUCUGCACUCAUCAUUUUCAUGUUUAGUUUUGUAACUAAGUAAAAUUAUUCGGCCUUCGCGCGAGUAUUUAAUAUUAUGAAAUUUCGAUAUAUUAUCUUACAAACGUACUAACAAACAUUAAUGAUAUAUAAAGUACUUCUUAUCAUUUAUCCUCAAUAAUAUAUGCACAAAUUAAUGACUGUAAAAAUGUACAUCAAGAUUUGUAACAUAAGUCAUUUAACAA